UCGUCAUAUGGAGUAUAUGUAAAUGAGGCAGCAGAUGCAGCAGGCUGGUCUUUCACCCACCUCUGACUGCUUCCCCCUCAGCCACCGCAGCUCAGCUCAAUGUGGAAGUGAGACUGCAGCUGGAGUAGAGAAACACGAAGUGAGAGCACAUAACACACCUCCAGGUCUCUCCAGGAUGUUGUCCAUUGUGAGCUUCUACAUAUGCUACCUGCUGUCCCUGGGCCUGGGCCUGGCCUGCGUGGUGUGCGUGUGUUUGUGGAAUAGCCAGUGGCUUGGCGGUUUUGCGUGGGACGGUUCGGCCCUGCAGUUCAACUGGCACCCCGUCCUGAUGGUAACGGGUCUGGUUGUGCUGUACGGCAAUGGAGCUGUGUUGUACCGCAUCCCCCUGACCUGGGGCCAGAAUAAACUCCCCUGGAAGCUGUUGCAUGCUGCAGUGAUGCUCACCUCCCUGGUCUUGUCAAUUGUGGGGCUUUGUGCUGUGUUUGGCAAUCACAAUGCUCAAAACAUUCCCAACCUCUACUCUUUGCACAGCUGGAUUGGAAUCGCUGCUACAGCUCUUUUCGCCAUACAGUGGGUGGUGGGUAUGGCUGGCUUCCUCCUGCCCUGGUCCCCCAUAUCACUACGAGCCCUCCUGAAACCCGUCCAUGUUUGGAUGGGAGGCAGCAUAUUAGUGCUCAGCAUUGCUGCCUGCAUCUCCGGAAUCAACGAGAAACUCUUCUUUGUUCUCAAAGGCAUUGGAGGUCCGGCGUAUUCUGCCCUUCCACCCGAGGCUGUGUUGGGAAACACAUUGGGAGUUUUGAUCGUAGCCUUCGGCUUGGUUGUCCUUAAGAUUUUGUCCAACCCUAAAUGGCAGCGACCAGACUCCAUGCCUGAGGACCUAGUUUACACGCCAUUGCUUCAAGAAGAAAAUGAAUGAAAAGAAUUUAAAAAAAAAUGCUCACUGCAUCAAAUCCGUCCAUGCAGAAUCAAUUCAACCAUCACAGAUCACAAUCCAAAAGUUCCACUUUGAAUGUAAAAGCAGCUGUCUGAAUCCUGUGAGAAUUAUCUAAGUCUGUUGUGGAUGUAAAUAUUUAUUUGAAAUUAUAUUUAAGAUUGCUUUUUUGACAAAGAUUAAAAAUGUGUGCUUCAUCAAA